AUGGACAAAAUGAUUCCUUUUAUGGAUUGGCCAGGAAAAUAUUCUUCAAUGGAUUCGAUGACAUUCAUGGGAUCACCUUUUCCUCUUCUUCUAAUUAUUUGUUCAUAUUUAUAUUUCGUUCUUUUCAUGGGACCAAAAAUGAUGGAAUUGAGGAGACCAAUGAACAUCAGAAUUAUCAUUUUACCUUACAACAUUCUGCAAGCUUUCUUGUUCAGUUACAUCGUUUUGGAAAUGAUCAACAAUGGAUUUUCCUUUGAACUUACAUGGAAAUGUGUCGUCGAAAAUGGUGAAGAUAUGAAUGAAUUACACAACAAUAUGUGGCUAUUCAUGAUUCUUAGAAUUUUUGAGCUUUUUGAAACAAUUUUCGUUGUUUUGCGUAAAAAACGAAGCCAAUUAACUUUUCUUCAUAUUUAUCAUCAAACUACUAGCGUUUUAGUUUUCUGGAUCUUAUUGAAAUAUCAUUCUGGGAUGAUGGAAAUAUUUUUAAUUGUUAUCAGUUCUAUUGGUCACGUCAUUAAAACAAAUAAACGAUGGUAG